GUCAUGCGUACAUGUCUAGUAUACAGCUUGGGUAUAGCAAUAUCACAAACCUUCACCACCUUUCGUUCCGUUCCGGCCUUGCGGCGAAAACGGGCAGUGUGCUCGUCUUGUUUUUUUUGUUUUUUUUUACGAUUGGUGGGUUUCUGGUUGUCCCUCCCUCUACCUCUUUGCUUUUGCGUUGGCCACAACGGCCACAUCAAGACCAGGAACAGGGCUUUCCUCUCUGCUGAGGGGUUACCCGCUGACUCGUCAUAUUGCAAAUAGCUCCCAAAACAACCCCCGAUGUCGUGCUCUACACUAAAGACGGUGAAUGUGACUUAACCGCGGUUGAAGAGGCGGCCGACCAUGCCGCUCGCGAUGCUGCCCGCCAGACCGCCGGAGUAGAGGGCACUUCCGGCCAGGUUGGACGCGUGGCUGAACUUGUCGCAUCUCGAAAAGGCCAUGGCGUUCAUGAUGGUCAGGACCAGGGCGAUGACUGCAAACACGGCAGGAGUUAGCACAUUGCUCCAAGUAUUUAGAUGACUUCCUCCGAAAGAACAAGCCCCUCAUCAUCGCGAAGAAGGCUGGAGAAGAAGAAGAAGAAGAAGACCUCUCCCAAUCAUCCCAAGGGAUGGCGGGGUGUCAGGCAAGGGGGGGGGGGG